UCCCCCUUCUUGCCCCGCUACACACACACACACACAUACACGAGUGCUAGCGGUAGUAGGCUAUCAACUCAAGUUACCCCUCUCACACACAAAGCGAUAAUUUUGGGGAAAGAAAAUGCAUGGGACGCCAGUGCCUGGAGCUUACAGACACAGUUUUCACCGUUGACCGAGCUUGAAGCCAUUCGUUGCACUGAAAGGUCCUUGCCAUAGUGAACCAGUCUAGACCGUUGUGUGUGUUUUCAUCGUUUCUCGAGUGAUAUUUGGGUUUUGACACAAUGGGGUGCUGCAGCGGCCGAUGCACGCUCAUCUUUCUUUGCACGAUCCAGCUGUUGGUGGCAUUGGAGAGGCAGGUGUUUGACUUCCUGGGGUACCAGUGGGCGCCCAUCCUGGCCAACUUCUUCCACAUCAUCAUCGUCAUCCUUGGCCUCUUCGGCACCAUACAAUACCGACCACGCUACAUUGUAGUAUACACAGUGUGGAUGGCUCUCUGGGUGGCCUGGAAUGUCUUCAUCAUUUGUUACUACCUGGAUGUGGGAGACUUGACCAAGGACAGUGACCUGCUGACGUUUAACAUCUCGGCUCACCACUCGUGGUGGAGGGAACACGGUCCAGGGUGUGUGAGGAGAGAGAUGACCCAGCCAGGGGUGGGGACCGUGGACAGCCAGUCCUACAUCUCUGUCAUGGGCUGUCUCAUGGAGUACCAGUACAUAGAGGUCCUACACAGUGGAACACAGAUCCUCAUCGCUCUCCUGGGCUUCGUGUACGCCUGUUACGUCGUCAGCGCCAUCACUGAAGAGGAAGACAGCUUUGAUUUUGUUGGUGGAUUUGACCCCUUCCCCCUCUACCAUGUCAAUGAGAAACCAUCCCAUCUCCUCUUAAAGCCCAUGUAUCUGUCUACGUAAAUAGGGCGGCAGCCGACGCCGGGAUUUCCCAUGGAAACAAAAUAGCUGCUCUGACUGACACAACAACAGUCCCAGAAUGCACUGCGGCAGGCCAGACAUUCCUCUGAUUCUCUACUUCUUUAUUUCAUCUCUUCAGUACUUCAAACAUGUAAAUUACUGGUGUUCUGCUUAUGACUGUACUUCACAGUUCUGUUCUGUUGUUAGUGGGAGGGAUGGCGGGGAUAGGAUUAGGGUUGGGGGAUAGGGAAGAAGGGAGGGAAGGAGGGAGGGAGGGGGCGGGGUAAUUACUGUGUAACAUGGGCCUGAACUCUUUUUGUGUACUCAUAUCAAUUAUUUAUCUAGAACUACAAACGGCAUCCAACAACCGAGACUUACAGUACCUGCUGUACAUAUAUAUAUACAUAUAUACAGUGGGGAGAACAAGUAUUGGAUACACUGCCGAUUUUGCAGGUUUUCCUACUUACAAAGCAUGUAGAGGUCUGUAAUUUUUAUCAUCGGUACACUUCAACUGUGAGAGACGGAAUCUAAAACAAAAAUCCAGAAAAUCCCAUUGUAUGAUUUUUAAGUAAUUAAUUUGCAUUUUAUUGCAUGACAUAAGUAUUUGAUACAUCAGAAAAGCAGAACUUAAUAUUUGGUACAGAAAACUUUGUUUGCAAUUGCAGAGAUCAUACGUUCCCUGUAGUUCUUGACCAGGUUUGCACACACUGCAGCAGGGAUUUUGGCCCACUCCUCCAUACAGACCUUCUCCAGAUCCUUCAGGUUUUGGGGCUGUCGCUGGGCAAUACGGACUUUCAGCUCCCUCCAAAGAUUUUCUAUUGGGUUCAGGUCUGGAGACUGGCUAGGCCACUCCAGGACCUUGAGAUGCUUCUUACGGAGCCACUCCUUAGUUGCCCUGGCUGUGUGUUUCGGGUCGUUGUCAUGCUGGAAGACCCAGCCACGACCCAUCUUCAAUGCUCUUACUGAGGGAAGGAGGUAGUUGGCCAAGAUCUCGCGAUACAUGGCCCCAUCCAUCCUCCCCUCAAUACGGUGCAGUCGUCCUGUCCCCUUUGCAGAAAAGCAUCCCCAAAGAAUGUUUCCACCUCCAUGCUUCACGGUUGGGAUGGUGUUCUUGGGGUUGUACUCAUCCUUCUUCUUCCUCCAAACACGGCGAGUGGAGUUUAGACCAAAAAGCUCUAUUUUUGUCUCAUCAGACCACAUGACCUUCUCCCAUUCCUCCUCUGGAUCAUCCAUAUGGUCAUUGGCAAACUUCAGACGGACCUGGACAUGCGCUGGCUUGAGCAGGGGGACCUUGCGUGCGUUGCAGGAUUUUAAUCCAUGACGGCGUAGUGUGUUACUAAUGGUUUUCUUUGCGACUGUGGUCCCAGCUCUCUUCAGGUCAUUGACCAGGUCCUGCCGUGUAGUUCUGGGCUGAUCCCUCACCUUCCUCAUGAUCAUUGUUGCCCCACGAGGUGAGAUCUUGCAUGGAGCCCCAGACCGAGGGUGAUUGACCGUCAUCUUGAACUUCUUCCAUUUUCUAAUAAUUGUGCCAACAGUUGUUGCCUUCUCACCAAGCUGCUUGCCUAUUGUCCUGUAGCCCAUCCCAGCCUUGUGCAGGUCUACAAUUUUAUCCCUGAUGUCCUUACACAGCUCUCUGGUCUUGGCCAUUGUGGAGGGUUGGAGUCUGUUUGAUUGAGUGUGUGGACAGGUGUCUUUUAUACAGGUAACGAGUUCAAACAGGUGCAGUAAUGAGUGGAGAACAGGAGAGCUUCUUAAAGAAAAACUAACAGGUCUGUGAGAGCCGGAAUUCUUACUGGUUGGUAGGUGAUCAAAUACUUAUGUCAUGCAAUAAAAAGCAAAUGAUUUACUUAAAAAUCAUAAAAUGUGAUUUUCUGGAUUUUUGUAUCACAGUUGAAGUGUACCUAUGAUAAAAAUUACAAACCUCUACAUGCUUUGUAAGUAGGAAAACCUGCAAAAUCGGCAGUGUAUCAAAUACUUGUUCUCCCCACUGUAUAUAUAUACAUAGACAGUUCAGCCCUCUGCCUGGCCUCUAGUCUGAAAGGCCACUGUCUAUGGCUCUGUGGGUUGGAUUGUUACUAUGGCUCUGUGGGUUGGUUUGUUACUAUGGCUCUGUGGGGUUGGUUUGUUACUAUGGCUCGGUCUCAGAUCAUCACUGUUGGGCUGAAUUAUAGUUGAGCCUGUGGAAUGGAAUGGGCUGUUGUGUUCUGCCUGUUUACUUUAGGCCACAAUCUGUGCACAUAAAUACACAGGCAAAGCAGGAAGGGGGAGAGGAGGGAACGGGGGAGAGGAGGGAAGAGGGAGAGGAGGGGAAGGUAGGGGUGGUAGGUAGGGGGAAAAAGCAGCCAAACAUACAGAGGAAUUGUUCAAAAAGAGAACCAGAAAAAAAGAAAGAUGGAAAAUAGUUUUGGUCAGGGUUUUGAAAUGCAAACUUAACUUCAUAACAGAGAAAGGGAGAUGAUGUUUAAAGUUUUACAGUAAAAGCACACAGGCAAUAAUGUUUGAGUUUGAGUCUUAACUUUUUCUUAAUCUUACUUACGGUGCUGUGACUGACUGAAUCCUGUCCAAAACAGUUUUGGAAACCACUGAUAUACAGUGUUUCAAUAGACUGAAUCCUAAAUCUGUAGAUGGGUGGAAUGAAAAUAAAUAUUAUUUUAAAUCUUGUUUUACAGUUAUUUUAAUUUUUAAAAAUGUUUUAUUUAACCUUUAUUUAACUAGUUGUUGGUGUGGAAGAUUGAGGUUUAUGUCAGGAGUUAGAUGUGUGUUAAAACUCCGGUCCAGAAACCGAACUGCCUCAAACUACUGUGAGGGUUGAGUUUAAGGUUGAGUGUUUGACAGUUGAUCAUUAGUUAUACACACAGUCGCUGACUGACUUUUUUCAAUCCUAAAUAGUGUGUGAUAUGAGAGGUAGUUUGACUACAUUUCCCAUCCACGGUAUACAAAGAUAUUGAAUGGAGUUUAAAUGUAAAAGUAGCACAAAUAUAGCAAAACAAGAAGACAGAAAUAUACACAGCCUGUUUUCUCUAUCAUUCCAUCUGUAGAUUGUUGAUUCAACUGUGAUCAAUUUUAAUGGUUUGUUUCAUAGCAUGUUUGUAGGGGUUUUGUAUGAUAACCAUGGAUAUGCUGUAUUAUACGGUAAUAACCUAGUGUAUGUUUGGGUCUAUGUUGGAUUGGAGAACAUUUAUCCCACAAUCCCAAAAGACAUACACUUUUGUGCCCAAACUUUAAGAUGGGGGCCAGUUCUUGAGUAUUUGGAGCAUAGAAUUAGAAUUUAGAAUACUGGAAUGGACAUUAACCUUCUUAUGAUGGGAUAAAGGUCAGCCAUUUUGAUCAGGGAGUUGGUCAACCAUGGUUUGCCGGUGCUGUGAUAAGAUAUUGUGUAAAAUAAUGAAUAUGAAGAAUUUUAGAGGAAUGAUUCCAUACUUUUUUUCAAAUGAACUGCCAAUAUCCCAACAUUCCAUUCAAACAAUGCAGUCAAUCCACAACCAUACACUUUCUGAAAUCAGUGGAUGAUAUGACUUAGACAAGUUGUAAAUGCAACAAGUACUUAUAUUGUAUUACAUAAUAGCACUCUCACCUUUACAAGAAAACCAAAAAUUAGACAUUUACAUAUAUUUUAGAGGCUGUGUAUUCCGAAAAUUUGGUAUAAAACCCGUAUAAACUGUAUUUAUUUCUCCCUGACCAAUAAUGGCUACCAUUUUCACCCCAUUCUGGAACUUCAAGGUUUUAUGACAUAGCCCCUCUAGUAAUUUAAUAGUAUCUCUAGCCCCUCUAGUAAUUUAAUAGGAUCUCUAGCCCCUCUAGUAAUUUAAUAGGAUCACUAGCCCCUCUAGUAAUUUAAUAGUAUCUCUAGCCCCUCUAGUAAUUUAAUAGGAUCUCUAGCCCCUCUAGUACUUUAAUAGGAUCUCUAGCCCCUCUAGUAAUUUAAUAGGAUCUCUAGCCCCUCUAGUAAUUUAAUAGGAUCACUUGCCCCUAUAGUAAUUUAAUAGGAUCACUAGCCCCUCUAGUAAUUUAAUAGGAUCACUAGCCCCUCUAGUAAUUUAAUAGGAUCACUAGCCCCUCUAGUAAUUUAAUAGGAUCACUAGCCCCUCUAGUAAUUUAAUAGGAUCACUAGCCCCUCUAGUAAUUUAAUAGGAUCUCUAUGAUUUGGACUUUCUGUUGCAGAUUGUGUAACUGCCUGAGUUUUUGGCUGUGUCCCUUUAGGAGUAUGAUGGAGUUGCCCGUAGACACUGAUCUAAGCUCAGUUUUGUGUUUCAUCUCUUAUGAAGUUUUGAGAAGGGGCAACUGAUCCUAGAUCUGUGUGUAAGAGCACCUUCUACCUGGCCCGUCCCCUUCUGUUUUGUUACUAUGUACCAUUACCGCCUCCUGCUGUUGAAUGUGGUCAUGUACACAUUAAAUACUGCUGAAUAUGUUUGUGUUCUUCACUUGAACAAACCCCUCAGCUUUGUCAUUUAGGCUUUCAUGGCAUAUUGUUUAUUGAUAAGUUACAAAAAAACAGUUAAGGAUAUUUUCCAUUGGCCUACUGGACACUGGACCCCAUAGAAAGGUCCAGGUUACUGCCCUGCAUGUAUGUACGUGUAUAUGGCUGUAUACUUCUUUAUCUCCACGUUAUCCAUGCAGUCUUAUACUUAACAUCGUUCAGAAGAACUCAUGUAUUCCUUUAUUUCUGUAGCCUCUAAACUCAAUUGUUUUUAUUUUUUGUAUAAUUUGUCUUAUCUGCUGAGACAUGAAUGCAAUGAUUUAACCUUUUUUUUUUAUCAAAGCUUGUUUUCUACCUAAUCGAAAGAGCCUUGAACACACAACAUAAGAAGAUUUGAAUUUGGUUUGAUCUCGUUUCCAGCAGCAUCUGAUCAACAUGCUCUUAUCCCGUGUGGUAUUGUGGGUUUGGAAGACAGGCUAUUCAUUUGAUGAUAUUGAAAUCACAGCUCUUUCUCUGAACUGAUAUGAGCUUGAUAGGAAUUCUAUUGUAGAACGGUGGUGCAACAAUAAUGAUAGUAAACCAUGGACUGUCUCAAAUGAUAUCCUAAAGUAGUGCACUAUAUAGGUAAUAGGAUAUCAUUAUUUCAGGAAGGGCAAUAUUAAAGAACAUUCAUAUAGCGAUGUCUUGUGCAGAAUCGACAUUCUGUCAUAGAUAUUGCCAGCUCUAUACAUUACAUUUCUAUCUGUAAUAUUGUAUGUUGCACUCCAGUGAGUAAACCCCAAGUUUAUCAAUACCAAGCCAGGCUUGUCUGUCAGUACUUAUGAACAUACUGUAGGAUCAGCUACAAUUUAAUAACUGUAGCCAGGAUCAUUAUCAGAAAUGAACACACACUGCACCUCAUCUCUUGAUAAAAAAUGAAUAGCUUGAACACAACUAAAGUAAUUUGAUUUACGGGAACAGUUCUUCCUUUUAAUGCAAUACAGCCUUUCCAACAGGGAAUGGAAGAGCCAUACCUGGCAUUAGAGUUGGUUGGGGCCUAUUGUGGUGGCGUUAUGGAUACCACUGAAAAAGAGUCCACCUCUUUGUAGAUAAUUCUGUGUCUUUGUAUAGGAAAGUGGGGGGAAAGCUUUUUGUAUUUUUCUUCAUUUUGUGUCCUCUGUAGUCCCCAUCACGUGACUCAAUUAUGUUAUCCUAUUUGUCCAAACGUGUAAAUAGAAGUUUGUUAAUAAAACAAUGUGUACUUUUAA